AUGCCAGCUGAGUGCCCGCUGCUGCUGACCUCUGCUGUGGCAUGGUGGCCGCAGCUGGAGCCUGAGCUGCGCUGUCGGUGGGCACGGUGCGCAUCAGGCCCGCUGCCUCCGGAGCUGCAGCGGCUGCGGGAGGCCCAGCUUUUUGGCAGGAGCGCCCUCCUCUCAGACACAACGCCCGCCCCCGCCGGCCCUGCCUGGGUGUCCGCGGCGGCACUGCACCUGUCCAUCCAGCGAGCCGGGCCCGGGAGCACGCUGCCUCAGCUGGACGCCCUGGGAGAGGAGCUGCUGCUCUUCCUGUUCUUCUUCUGCGUGACCAGCCUGCUGGCCUCGCGCCUCGACCCGCAAGCUACACUCAGUGCCCAGCAGGCCCUGGGCGUUUGCGCCGAGACCCUAAGGUGUGUGCAGAAGCGGCGGCUCCCCUGGCUGGGGCUCUUCCGGGUGACAGAGAUGGACAGCAGCAACCUGGCCUGGGUCCUGCCACGACUGGCCCCAGACCAGCUCCUCCGGCUGCUGCCUCUCGCCUUCUACAGCCUGCUCCCCUACUUCGACCAAGACUCCCUCGAGGGUGAAGACACCUUCCUGCCCGUGGCAGUGGACAUGUACCUGAAGCUGACCUGCCUGUUUGUGUCCGGGGAGACCGGCGCGGCACCCGCUGCGGAUGGUGGGAGGCAGGAUCUCCAGGACGAGGACAGCCCCGUGGGCCUGCUGAUGCAAGCGCGGCUCUUUCUGCUGCAGAUGGCACCCAGGUGCCCGAGAUGGAGCCGCACACAGGCGGCAGAGCUGCUGGCCACCUGCGGACACUGCGACCCCGAGCUGAGCGCCGCCCUCCCGAGCCGGCAGCAGGCCACCCCCGCCCCGGAGCCCAACUGUCUGACGCACCCCUCGCAUUGUAAAUAAUUUAUUACAAGCACGACGCCGAGCUCUCCUUGUGCUAAGAAGUGGGUCACAAUCUCCUGACUGCUUCGGUAGGGGGAGGGGUCAGUGUUUGUGGAAACUGCCGGCCAGCACGGAGCCCGGAAGGGCCCUGAGGCGCGGGCCGAGCCCCUGGCCACUUCGCACUGGGCCAGCACGGGGGUCAGGACACACCAUCAUCCGCCACCACCUGGGCUGGGCCUCAGGUGGGCUCGGGCUUCACGGCCUGGCCUGGCCGCGCCCCAGGGGG